CAACAUUGAAGCACCCACUUGUCGAGUCUACCGAGUUGAUCAAACAAAAAUUCGAACUUAAUACGGACAAAUGAAGGAUUUUCCUCUACGUUCCAAGCCUAAACAGGAGAAGUUUUGAUGACAAGAUUUCAUUUAUUGAGGUCUUCCUUCAUCUUUGAAUGUUGGUGCUAAAACAAUAACAAUGAGUGAAAGCCACAGUCAGUCCAAGUGGGGCGGUGAAACAACAGCAAUGAUAUCCGAAAAGGCGAUAGUUUCUCCAAAAGUUGAAGAAAAUCCAGUCGUUUGUGGAAUCUGUGGCGAAGCCUUCUUAUGUUUUGAUGAUCUUCUGAAGCAUGGUGAUGUGCAUACAAAGGAAGAGCCAUCCGACGACUUUAACUCUGAUGAGCCCCCGACUCCGUCGGAUAAGAAUGGGUAUCACCAAAAGAAUCAAACGCAGGACAAUCGUCCUACUUGUGAUAUAUGUGGGAAAUCAUUCACAAGAUUGAGCCAUCUUCUGAGGCAUUACCGAACUCACACAAAAGACAAGCCGUUCAGCUGCGAAACCUGUGGUAAAGCAUUCUCGCAGAAAUGCCAUCUUAAAAGCCACUAUCUGAUUCAUACAAGUAAGGACACUUUUCACUGUAAAUUUUGCGGGAAGUCGUUCUCACAAAUGGGCUAUCUCACGAAGCAUCUUCGGAUCCACACCAAAGAACUGUCGUACGUCUGCAGCAUAUGCGGUGAUGCUUUUUACGAUGAACAGAAUCUGUUGAGUCACAUGACAGUUCACUCCAAAGUCAAUCAAUUCCUGUGUGUAAUUUGCGGUAAAGUUUUUCUGCGAUCCAAUGAGCUGACGAGACAUCAAUUGACUCAUAACAAUCGGCCGCCUAACAGGGAUGAGAUUCAAAGAAUAUUAAUGAGCCCAACGUCCCAACAGAUUUCCCCUCAGUCGAUUCAAAUAAGUCGAAAGCUUUUCAGCUGCACCAUCUGUGGGAAAGAAUUCCUACAACAGGAAGAAUACGCAAUUCACCAACGCACCCAUGCCGAAAACAAACCCUACAGUUGCGAUAUCUGUGAUCAGGUUUUCGACCGAAAAGCCUUUUUAGAAGUCCACCAGAUGACUCAUGACGGUAGAACGCCACUCCGCUGUCCAGUCUGUGGAAAGGCUUUCACGCGAUUAAGCCACCUAGCAAGGCAUUAUCGCACACAUACCAAAGACAAACCGUUCUACUGCGAUAUUUGCGGGAAAGGGUUUACUCAGAAGUGCCAUCUGAAAAGCCAUUUGUUGAUUCACUCGAGUAAAACGCCGUACAUCUGCCGCACGUGCGGAAAAGAAUUCAUCCAUCAGUGUGAACUGAGGUUGCAUCUUGUCACUCAUAAAAAAACAUACACCUGCGACAAUUGUGACGAGGUUUUCUCGAAGAAAUCAUUACUGACUGAUCACCUUAAGAUGCAUACCAGUGGGAACCCGUUUAUUUGUCGCGUCUGCGGGAAACCGUUCUCACGGUCGAACGAUCUGACUAGACAUCACCUCACACACAACGAAGAACGAGUCUACAAGUGCGAUGUCUGCGCCAAAGUGUUUAACCAGAAAGUCCAUCUCAUCACUCACCGAAAAAUCCAUGGAGGAGUGACUUUGAAAUCUGAGACCCUUACCAAGACUUUAUCCGAUGAGUUCCACGAAGCUCCGACAGAUGAAAAUCCUUCGGAGGAUUCUUUUGACGAUCCCGUAGAUCUCUUCAGCCAGGAAAGUACUUCCUCAUUGUCUGGCGAAGACAAGAAACCAUUCCAUUGUGACAUUUGUGACAAGUCUGUCUCCUCGUCUGAAGAACUAACCAAGCAUCGACUCAGCCACUCAAAUGUCAAACCUUUCAAGUGUGAGGUCUGUGGGAAGACGUUUCGGGAAAAGGGAAAUCUUAAAUGCCACAUUAGAAUUCACACGGGAGAAAAACCGUUUGUUUGUGUGGUCUGCGGGAAAGCAUUCAACCAAUCCAGUGUGCUUAAAAGACACCGUCUCAUGCACACCAACGAUAAACCAUUCAAAUGCAAGCAGUGGGAUUGUGAUAGGGCGUUUAUGUCCAAACGCAGCUUAAUUAUUCACCAAAAAGUUCACAAUGGAUACCUGCCAGUCAAAGGGUAGCGUAAAAUACCGUUGUGUUGAUUGUGUUUUGCUAUUAGUGCCGCUGUAAGCUUGCGCGCCAAUGCGCAUGGCUGAUGAGUGCAACAUGUGCAUCUGGUCCUAAACAUCUCUAGUAACAAGUAUGUCUUACUUUGUAAACAACGUCUUUUUAAAGGGAAGGUAAACAAUUGGUAAUUACUCUUAAAAUUAAUGUCAAUAACAACUUUUGGUUAAAAGCCCUCAGCAGCUUCCAAUGGUAUGAAGUAUUUUGAGAAACAUUUCAUUUUAAAGGAGAUAUCCCAAAAUUUGAAUCUGAGAAGCGUUACUGUCAGUAACAU